AACUUUCGGGCCAACAGUACUGUGAGUAUGCAAUUUGCCCACCGCCUCUCGGAUGUCGGGGCUAGUCUAAAUUGGCGUUGUCCCGUGUCGACUCAAAACAUUUUCGCCUUCCCUACGGCUCAUUUCCAGCUAGAAGCUCUUGUCGCCAAGGCCCUGGAUACGGCUGUCAGUGAUGGUGGCCCCGGGUCCAGCAAGGCUGCUGAACAAGUCACGGAGUUUCGGAAGAUUUUAUCCUCAGAAUCAGACGGGUCUGCUCAUGUGUAA